UACGGGAACAUGGUGAGUGCCGGGUGGAACGAUGGCACUGUGGUAGUAUACGAUGUUACCUCUGUCCACUCACCCACAAUCAUCUACUCCACACCUGGGAAUGGCAAACACCUCCAUCCUGUCACACGGGUGCGGUGGAUAGAGACAGAGGCCCAGGAUAGACACAGUCUGUACUCUGUGUCACUGGAUGGGCGCGUGACUCAAUGGCAGGUGACCGACUCGUCCCUCCUCCCCUGUGAUGUUAUUGACCUGACCUCGACCUUGGAUAUGCUCUCUCCUGCUGCUGACUCCCCGCCUCGACGCCGUCAACGCCUGAAUGGACUAGGAACAUGUAUCGCCUUCAAACCAGACGACGUGUCAGAGGUCUUGCUUGGUGUGGACACGGGUUCUGUUUACCAGCUGUCCACAUCUUGCCCCUCUCACACCCUCACCCGCUACCCCGCCCACACCGCCUCCGUCAGGGACAUCGCCUGGAACCAUUACCACUACAAGGUCUUCAUCACCUGUUCAUUGGACUGGACUGUAAAGAUCUGGCUUCAGUAUAUCCUCUCACCCCUGAUGACUCUGGAUAUGGGCGGGGCAGUGGCAGGCGUGCAGUGGGCGUCUUACAGCAGUAGUGUCUUCGUGGCAGUGACUGAUGACGGCUGUGUCCACGUGUAUGAUCUCUUCCUACGCAAGACUCACCCCAUGUGCUCCCAGAGGCUUCUACGACGACGCCAGAUGAUUGUAUCCUGUCUCUCGCUCAGUCCCUGGUACCCCGUCAUACUGGUUGGAGGAGAGAGAGGUUAUUUGCUGGCUUUGAAGUUAUCUCCAAAUCUCAGAAAAAUUUACAGUAAUCCAAAAGGCUUUGAGGAAUUACCUACCAGAGAAAUAGAAUUGUCUAAGUUGGAGAGGAUCAUCGCUGUCACCAGAGGCGUCAAGAUGAGGUCCGAUGCUUGUGUUGAGGAAGAGAGGCCAGAGAAGUAUAAUGACUCACCAGUAAGCGGUAUUAUUAUGUAAAUUAUCAAGAGGAGACAACAGGCGGAGGAUAAGAGCUAACAAUUCCUGAUGUUAAUUGUUAAGUACUGAAGAGGAAUGAAGGACAUGUGAAGAAGCACUGCGGGGGAGAACAAGAGAAGACAAAACGGCGUAUAAUUAGUUCCGAUUUAUUAAACUUAGUGAGGUUUUUACUUGUGUUUACUUUUAUCGGACCGUCUCGUAUAUUGAAUCAACAAGAAUUGUAAUACAAGAGUUACCUACAGAAGAAAAACUCGAGUGAGGGUAGAUAGCCAAUAAGUACUGUAUAUGCUGGCUGUAAUAGAGAAAUUGGAGGAAUUUCAAAUAAAUAUAGAAGGAACGCAAACUACUGUACAAAGGAUACCUGAACGAAAUCUUAAGUAGUGCUUCCAAGUUCAUGUAAGAAGGUUUAAGAAUCAUGCACAGAU